AUGCUUGAUAUGUUCUUGGAGGAGCUCAAUAUCGAGUGUAAUCGAAGUCGAAAUGUCGAAGUCGUGGAUCUUAGAGAGGCAGCCUGUGGUGGUCCCGAUGACGCACCGAAAAAGAGACCACCUGUUGCAGCCGCAGUGAAGCAGUUUUUGUUGCUGGCUAUGGGUUCGAUGCUUGUCCCAAAGAUGUCACGACUUUGUGAUCUCGAUUAUGCUGAGUACCUUGUUGGAAGGGUGGAAGACAUUGCCACUUUUAAUUGGAGUGGUUUUGUUGCCCGCAAUCUGAAGUUUGAGUUGUCUCGUGCUAAGGAAAACGAAGUUGAACUAAGGCAUCUUGGUAAACAGCAAUGGCCUCUCGGAGAUAUCCACUUCUUAAUGAUCCAUUUGCUGGACUUCCUUAAUGUGAGAGGGUUUGCCACAAAAACCAUCCCUACCUGCAGCUAUUGGUUCGAGCCUAGGGUGGACAAGGUGUGUUUGAAUAUCCCCAAGGAAGCUGAGAAAUAUCUUCUUGGUCCGAUGUUGUUCUCAAGAGAAGAAGUCAAAUCCCGCUUCCGUCCUGAACGUGUCAAGAGGGAUUUGGAAUCUGGAUCAAGCAGCUCGACUUCUACUACUGAAUGGUGGAAGGAUGUUGACUUGGAAACCCUUGAUGAUGAUGAGCUUAAGGCAUUGGAGUCCAUGACUGAAAAAAUGAUGGAUGUAUGGGAGUCAAGGCGGGAUAGUGUUUGGAGAGUUGUCAUUUUGCGCCAUCAAGGAACCAAAUGA